AUGAAAUCAGUUGGAACACUGCGUAAGAAAGGUCUGCCAGGAGCCGAGCACUUUUAUAAGAAGGACAAAAAUAAACAUUCAGCGAGCAACUCUUCAUCGCCAGCUUCAAGCGGCAGUAUUGCUGCUACCUCUUCAAUGGCAUCAUCUAUGCAUCCACCUACAGUGCCCGUUAUGACAAAAACAACCGCUCCUAUAACAAUUGACUUGCAUAGAUUUGCAGACGAUAAGCUACAGCCACAGGAGUUUGUACGUAAAACUUUGAGCGGUACAAACGAAGAAGGUAUUCGUGGAUUUUACAAGUCGCUAUUAGACGCUAAACAUGUAGUAGGAGGAGACCUUCAGAGGAAUGUACUACGAAAUUAUACAGAAUUCGUAUCGAUUUCUAAGGAGAUAUCCAGUUUGGAUGCAGAUGUUUUGAAAGUAAAAGAGACAUUGAACGAAUUAAAGAUGAUUUGGGAAGGAUUUCUAGCAUCUACCAACAAUACCACCACUGAUGCAGCGAACUCAGAUAAUGAUAAUGAUAAUAAAGGGGCUAUGAAAGGUUUAUACAAAGCGCAAAUCAUGGCAUUAUGGGAGAAAGUGGAAGGAUCGCAACGAUUUAUUCAACAUGUACAAAAUCGGCGUAUCAUAAAAGAAUUUACUCAUUUUCAUGAAAUCAAUCCAAAAACACUUCAACCACAACACAUGGCUCAGCUUUAUCUGUUGAAUGACUGCCUGUUACUCGCGCGUAGAAAAGCAAACAGAAAUCUCAUUGCCGAGCGUUGCUGGAAUUUACACGAUUUAACUAUAGUUGAUAUGAAGGAUUCUUCAAACCUUACCAACGCUGUUCGCAUUGUUGCAUACCCCGAGACUUUUAUAUACCAUGCUGAAAGAGUAGAGGACAAAAUGAGUCUUUUGUAUUCCUACAAACGGCUCAUAGAUGAUCAUGAUGACAAACAAUUAGAUACCCGUCUAUUGGGUAACAGUAGUAGUCUUCCACCUGAUAUUGAAAAAUUGUUAGUGGAUCUCCCCGAUCAACUUGAAGUCAUGAUUGCACUAAGAGAAUUUGAAAAGAGCGUUGUCUAUUUAGAAAAAGCCCGCCAAUUUACAAUGUCAACAUCGAGCUCCUUUCCUAUCAUAAGGGAAGCUAGAGACCAAAUUGAGCAUUAUACAGAUGAAUUAUGCACUAUCAUAAGCAAAGAUCUCAGUAAUACAUUACUGACAAAGAUACAAUUCCAGCGUUAUGUAAAUUGGCUUUUACGAUUGGGUAAAAGCGAAAAGGCGCGGCAAGUUUUUUUGGAAACUAGAACUGUAAUCAUUAGAAAGAGAAUAAGACAACUUAUCUUUGAAGGCGAUACUACAACCUACAUCAGUGAGCUUGCACUUGUAGUGUUUACUCUGAUACGGAACACUUGUGAAUGGUAUCGAGAUUCAUUCAGACAAAAUGAUAUGGCAUCAGGCUUCGUGACAUGGGUUCGUGACCAAACGGAAGCAUAUGCAGAUAUUUACAAAAAGCAAGUGUUUGGGCAAGGCCACCUCAAUUGCCAAGUGAUUGCUGAUUGUUUCAAAUCAACACUUGAGCAAUGCUCUAUUCUCAAAAAGGUUGGACUAGAUUUCAGAUUUAUACUUGAAGAUUUAUUCCUGGAUAAUGUGAAAGAGACGGUGAUUGCAUAUCAAAAGCGAAACGUUGAAAAAAUUAACAAGUUUGUUGAUAACGAAAACUUUCAUGUCGUAUCGGGGCAAGGGUUAGGGAACGAUGUUAAGGUCACUUCAAGCGUUAUCAGCUUUUACAACCUAUUGAUAAAGUUCUCCAACGACAUAUGUCUGUUAUCAACGUUGCAGGUAACAACCAGAUUGACGCCAUACAUGCAGUUAUAA